CUACAUCUAAAAUUUGAUUGGAAAAACCGAAAAAGUCCAAACACCGACGUGGCAUCUACAGUUUCCUUUACUACAGUUUCUUCCAAUUCGUACCGUACUCGCUUAAUCGCACCAUUUUGCUCCUUGCCUUUUCACACGGUCACAACUCACAACUUCAGAUUGAGAGAAGAGGACCUAAACCCAGGCGUGGCGUCGGAGUAGAGAUCUGAUAGCAUUUCCCAAUUCGACACACAACGCUCCGUGAGAAAGUAGUCAUGGACGCCUUGAGGAAGCAAGCCAGCAAAUUCAGAGAUCAAGUCGCUAAACAACAACAGGCCGUGAUAAAGCAGUUCAGUACGAGCGGCUAUGAGAGCUCGGAGGCUAUGGUUAUUGAUGAGGUUGAGCUACAGAUGCAUCAGCAACUUGAGAAACUUUACAGAUCCACUCGUUCUGGAAGGGUUGAGCUACAGAUGCAUCAGCAACUUGAGAAACUUUACAGAUCCACUCGUUCUGGAAGGAUUUGUCCUUUAGGUUGUUCUGGAACAUGGGAUUGUGAUGGUGAACUCAAUUUGAAUCACAGAAUGGAUUUUCAGAAAGAUAUUGUCAAAGCAGCUGAAGCAUUCAGUGCUGUAGGUUAUAAACACAUUGAAGCUGGAACCAAGUUGUCAGAAGAUUGUUCCAGAUAUGGAGUUGAGAAUGCUAAUGAUGAGAUACUCUCCAAAACUGCAUCUGUAUAUGGGGAUGCUCGUAAACAUGUAGAGAAGGAGCAAGAAGACUUCAAUAGAUUAUUGUUUACACAGGUGUUAGAACCCUUGAGAGCAAUGAUUACUGGUACGCCUCUAGAAGAUGCCCGUCAUCUUGCUCAACGAUAUAGUAGAAUGAGACAGGAAGCAGAGGCACAGGCUUCAGAAAUUGUUAGAAGACAAGCCCGUGUUAGGGAAUCCCCUAUUCCUGAAAAUGUGGCUAAGCUGCAUGCUGCCGAAACUAGAAUACAAGAACUCAAAGCAAACAUGGCAGUUCUUGGUAAAGAAGCGGCAGCAGCUUUGGCAUCUGUUGAAUCACAGCAGCAAAGGCUUACAUUCCAGAGACUUGUAGCAAUGGUUGAAGGUGAGAGGACAUAUCAUGAGAGGGUUGCUACAAUUCUUGGUAAUGUUGAAGCCGAGUUGGUUUCUGAGAAGCAAAGGAAAGAGGCAGCUCCUCCUGUUGCCCCUCUUCAAAUCUCAGGGAAAACCAAGUACUUUCUGGCUGAGGCAUACAAGGAACUUAGCUUGUCAGUCGGAGAUUUUGUUGUUGUUCGGAAUGUGAGCCCGUCUGGAUGGUCUGAAGGAGAAUGCAAAGGCAGAGCAGGAUGGUUCCCGACUGCUUAUGUGGAGAAACGUCAAAGGAUUCCCGCAAACUAUAGUGCAACUGAAGUUUAUUGAACUCACCAACGCCAUAAGGACUGACGUGAUGAAGGUGUCCAACAGAUCCAUGAGAGCUUCUCCGCCUAUGCCACGCACCACCGGCAGGAGGUUUGCAUCCUCAUCGCUAUCGAAUCGUUCACCAACGUCACCCUCGAUUCGAGAUCUGCUCCCUCUCCGAUUCCUUCCUCCCGCAGUCGGCGCCACCGUCAUAUUGAGUCUCAACAUGUAACUCGUUGACUAAAUUAUUUGGAUACAAAGUUGUGAUUUUGUCGUGGGAGUUUCUUAGGUUGAUAUUAGAUCUAUGAUUUACUGAUUUCGGGUUUACAAAAAUGUGUUCCAUUUUAGUUUCCAACUUAUUUUUUGAGAGAAAUUGAAAGGUAAUUUUACUGUAAAAAC